AUGCUUUGGCCAGCCAUGCAGCCAUGGAAGGGGGUCUUGUACUUCAGCUUCUUCUCCUCACACUUGGAGAGAGCUGCACGCCUUCUUCUUCGCCUUGUCCUCGCGGCGACCUUUGGGGCACUGCUGCGCCAGGCCAUCUUCGGAGCCUUCGCGCGGUCGGCCACGCACCAGCUGUGCCGCUCUGCGCGUCCAGGCGAGGACACGCUGGCCCUGCCCGUGUCGCUGCUGUGCCAUGCUAUGGGGAUCCUUUCCUGUGCGCCCUUGUCCAUGGCGCCUUUGGCCACGAAGCCCCGAUGUGCUUGGCUCCGUUGGGCGCUGCUCCUUGUCGGUAACUUGGCCUCGCUGUUGAUCAUCGUCCUCUUCCUGGCGAAUUCCAGCGAUGCAGAUGGCAUGUGGUGGCUGAUCUGUCUCAUCGGGAUCCUCGCACAGGAAUUCUUGCUCCUUCCGCUCCUCGCGGCUUUUGGUCUGGCGACUUUGGCCACGCUCCUCCUGCGCCGAAGCCCCGAUCUUGCGGAAAACUUGAGGGACUGCUCGGCCCAAGCUCUGGCGCCCUUCCUUGAGCGGGAGAAGUCGAAGGAUUCUCUGAGUCAGAAGCGGAUCACCAUUGGAUCCGAGCCUUCGGUGGUCAUGGAGGACGAAGGGCGAUUCCAUGCGGCUCCCUCCCUGAUGCGCAACCUUAGCCAGGAGCAUAGCAAGGGGCAAGUUCUGGGGGUCAUCCCAGGGAUGCCCAGCUGA